AACGAUUCUGAUCAUGCGAUUUUGAUUCGGAUUUCAAUUUCUAUGAACAUGAACAUGAACAUGAACAUGAACAUGAACAUAUGCUCGAACUCUUCGACUGACUAUUAAACCAUUCGAAUUCUCUAUGAGAAAUAUUCUGCAUUAACAUACUGCAGGUUUGCUCUUCAAUCAAAACCAUAUUGACGUCAGUUCAAUACCACACAGUUAUCUCUGAAUCACCACAUCAACACCCACCGCUCCUUCCCAACCUCCAUCUUUGCCCUGAACGUCAGCUAGGUUGCCACUGCUCAAAAUGGCAGACCAUGCAUUCGCACUCAGGAGGGAGCAUAUUAAAGGACUUCCCAAGAUCUCUUCAUCUUCAUCCAUCGCAGAUAUGAGAAUCACCGAAUCUCAAAAGUUAAAAGUCCUCGUGGCCGCAAAUGGAAGUAAAGAUGUCGCACAAGCUCUUGCACUUGUCGUCAGGCUAUCUAAGAAUCCAAAAAUUGAAACACGAGCGAUAAUCGACGAGGAAAUAUGGCCAUCAUAUAGAUUAUCUCAGGAGACACUGGCAUACCAAAAUAAAAGGUUCCUGACCAGGGAGACAGAUGAGGCAAGGAAAGGUAUAAAACGAGAUCAAAUCGAAUAUUUCCAACAAGAAGCCUUCGAAUUGUGUGACUGGGCAGAUAUACUUGUACUAGCACCUAUUGAUGCCGACACGUUUGCGAAAAUGUUGCACGGCAUUACCGAUUGUCUGUUGCUUGAAAUUCUCCGCGGCUGGGACGUUUCCAAGAAGAUAUUACUCGUUCCGGGAAUGACGACAUCAAUGUGGGAGAAUCCUAUUACAAAGAAACAAUUGAACAAAGUGCGGAGAAAGUGGCAAUGGGUUCGAGUUAUGCAACCGAUACUGUGGCAUUAUGAUGCGAAGGGUCCAGGGAAAUGUUUCGUGGGAUGGGAUGGAUUUAACGAACUUGUCGAUGUUAUCAAGAAUCAAGCGGAACUUUUGACAAUUGGCCAUGAUGUGGAUAUCGCUGCUUCCGGUGCUGCCAGUCUCGCAAGAUACAAUAUGAAGACAGAUGCGCUCCUUCCACCAGAGAUAUGGUCCCUCAUUUUCGAAUACGUGGGGGAUUGGGAGGUGUCGAGAGCGCUUAACGUGUAUGCCAAAAUUCCAAGACCAAUUGAAUGGCAGCCAAAGCCUGAUGAUGCGAACGACGAAUUACAAACCUAUAUGCGGUCACUCGAACGGAUUAUUCUUACAUCUCCCGUCUACAAGAUCAUAGACAAACUUAAUACGGCGCCCGAAAACAUGCGAGAGCUUUCCCCGUUAUGUGUCAAGCUCAUAAUCAAAUUCUGUCUUACAGAAGUCCUCUCAUAUUUAGAAGCGAAAUUAAAGGAUGUAUUCUGGGCUACGUUUGGACAAAAGCUCUUACCCACCAAGGCUUCUGCGGUAUAUGGACGCACCGAGAUUCUAGAAUGGUGGCGCACAUCUCCUUCUUUCCUCUCUAAGGACUACACCGCAGAAGCAAUCGAUGGAGCUUCCAAAUCUGGAUACGUACAUGUUCUCGAUUGGUGGAGAAAGUCGGGACUUCCGUUAAAAUACACAGAACUGGCGCUCGAGCAAGCAUCCUCCAAAGGACAUAUGCUAGUUCUCGAAUGGUGGAAACAAGCAAGCCUUCCCCACAAUGAGGCCGAAAGACGAACUCGGCAUGCAGAAGCUGCAUCAAGCAACUCCGAUGUCCUCCCAGCUCUACAACUCAAGCCUGGUAAAGCACUACUAGCCGCUGCGCAAAACAAUAAACCUCUCGUGCUCCGCUGGUGGGAUAAUUCUGGUAUUCCCAUUGCCCAUUCUGAAUCCGUAGCCAAAGUCGCGUCGACCCAUGGGCAUGUUGCAUGUUUAGAUACAUGGCGCGAACUGAAGGGCGAGAAACUCACAUUUGACAGCCAGGUGUUGGUAGGUCCUACGAAAAAUGGACAUGUAGAGGUAUUGGAAUGGUGGGCAAAUUUCAGUCAUGGAUCUAACGGAAGGCCUGGUGGAAGAGUCGAAUAUAAAACCUGUGAUAUUGAAGAAGCACUUGAAGAUAGCGUGAGUAAAGAGGGUGAGGAGUUGGAGGUUAGAAGAUGGUGGGCAAAUAUGGGGUUGAAUUUAGGCGGCUCGGUUAGUGAGUGGACGAGAGUCAAGGUCUUGUAGAUGGAUUUCAUAUGAAAUGAACGUAACAUUAUGUUAGCAAUGCACGAAUAUGUGGAGUUGGGUGGGCUGGCUGGCUGACUGGCUGGAAUGAACAAGGAUGGACGAAAAGCAUGGAUGGAUAACAUGAACAUGAGCAUGAGCAUGAGCAUUUACGAGGAGUUACAUAGCGAGCUUGAUAUUUGAAACAUUUUUAC